ACUCCUUUCACGCAGGCUGAAUUUCAAGAGCUAAGGAUGAAGAGGAGACUCAUCUCCCCGAUUUUUUUCUAGUCCGAAACCGAAACGAACCUCCUUUAUGCCGAUGUGGGCAGCUACUCUUAUUCAUCAACCGCUUUAUGUGGUUCCGAAAAUCCUCUCUCCUCAAUCAAACCCAAAACUUUUCGCCUACCCUCUCACCAAGUCCAAACCGAAAUGUCGCCGUUUCGGGUUUCGGUCUCGGUCGAAAAAGUUGGAAGUUUCGGCGGCGAAGGAGCAGCUUUCCGAGUUGCACGCCCAAAAACCGGAUGCUAAGAAAGUAGCAACAGAGGAAGAGGAUGGUGAUGAAGGGUUUGAUUUAGGAUGGUUGCCUGCAUUUCCACACGUGUUGAUUGCUUCUAUGUCCAAUUUUCUCUUUGGUUAUCAUAUUGGAGAAAUGAAUGGUCCUAUUGUAUCAGUUGCACGAGAGCUUGGUUUUGAAGGAAACUCAAUCCUUGAGGGUCUUGUGGUGAGCAUAUUUAUUGGUGGUGCAUUCAUUGGGAGCUUAAGUUCUGGUUUACUUGUCGAUAAAUUUGGUUGUCGGCGCACGCUUCAGAUUGAUACAAUACCAUUGAUUCUUGGUGCAUUGAUAAGUGCUCAAGCACACUCUUUGGAUGAAAUACUUUGGGGGAGAUUUCUUGUUGGCCUUGGUAUUGGUGUGAACACGGUUCUUGUUCCAAUAUAUAUUUCGGAGGUUGCUCCAACAAAAUAUAGGGGUUCACUGGGAACAUUGUGUCAAAUUGGCACAUGCCUUGGGAUUAUAGUAUCGUUGUUUCUAGGAAUUCCCUCAGAGGAUGAUCCUCAUUGGUGGAGGACAAUGCUGUAUAUUUCAACAAUUCCCGGUUUUAUUAUCUCACUUGGCAUGCAGUUUGCCGUUGAAAGUCCCCGCUGGCUAUGUAAGGCAGGUAGAUUGAAUGAAGCCAAAACAAUUAUCCGCAGUCUUUGGAGAGUGUCUGAAGUUGACAGAGCAAUUGAAGAAUUUCAGGCAGUCAUUAAGAAUGAUGGUAGUGACUUGGACAGCAAUUGGUUAGAACUCCUUGAAGAACCACACUCUAGAGUUGCGUUCAUUGGAGGUACCCUAUUCUUUCUUCAACAGUUUGCUGGCAUUAACGGAGUUCUUUAUUUUUCAUCAUUAACAUUUCAAGAUGUUGGAAUCACAAGUGGGGCUUUAGCAAGCUUGUUUGUCGGAGUUACCAACUUUGCAGGUGCACUUUGUGCAUUGUACCUGAUGGAUAGGCAAGGGAGACAGAGACUUCUAAUUGGGAGUUACCUGGGAAUGGCUGUUUCGAUGUUUCUCAUCGUCUAUGCUAUCAUUUCGCCAGUGGAUGAACAACUUGGUCACAACUUGUUAAUACUGGGAACCUUGAUGUACAUAUUCGCCUUUGCCAUUGGAGCUGGUCCAGUAACCAGCCUCAUUAUACCAGAGCUUAGCAGCACCCGGACGCGUGGGAAGAUCAUGGGCUUCAGCUUCUCUGUUCAUUGGGUCUGCAAUUUUGUGGUAGGAUUGUACUUCCUGGAACUAGUGGAGAAAUUGGGAGUUGCUCCAGUUUAUGCCAGCUUUGGUGGGGUUUCCUUGCUGUCAGCAAUAUUUGCAUACUACUUCAUAGUUGAAACCAAGGGCCGUUCCCUGGAGGAAAUCGAAAUCUCACUAAACCGCAAUUUCCCGUCUAGAGAUCGGUAACAACCACAGUUCUCCUCCCAAGUUGGGGAUGACUCCAUGAUUGAGCUCGGUUCCUGAGAUUGUUCUGCCUCGAAAGGUCACAAAGACGGAUGACUGAUUGGUUUGUUCUUAUUUAUCAGAUAAUCAAACAUUAAUCUGGAGUUCCUGAUUUGGAAGCCAUUUAAGGCAAAGGCGACCAUGGGUGGGUGAUCAUCAAUAAUGUUCCUUUUAUUUGGCAUCCAGAUCACAUUGUUUGUACAAUUUGUUUUUCUUGAAAAAUUAUUAACUAAAUAGUAAAUUAUAGAAUAAUUUCUAAA